AUGUCAAACCCUCUCGAUACCGAUGCCGGCUCCGAGCUGUUUAGCAGCUACGAGGCCGAGUUCAAGCUCGUACAGGCCGACCUGACCCAGAAGCUGGACCAGAUCCCCGAGCUGAGCGGCGAACCGAGAAAGGCCGCCAUCUCGCAGGCAGAGAGAGCGCUGGAGGAGGCUGAUGAACUGCUCGGACAGAUGCGCCUCGAAAAGGCCAAUAUCCCCUCGUCGGCCAGGGCCAAAGUGAACCAGCGAUUCCGCAACUUUGAGACGUCGGCGGACCAGUACAAGCGCAAGCUGACCUCGCUGGCCUCGGACCGGGCGGCCCUCUUUGGCGGCCGGUACACGGACAACCCCUCGGGCGGCCCGCAGGACGCCCAGCUCGAGCAGCGCCAGCAGCUCCUCGCCGGCACCGACCGCCUCGACCGCAGCACCCAGCGCCUGCGCAACAGCCAGGCCCUCGCCUACGAGACCGAGGCCGUUGGCGCCAGCACCCUUGCCGAGCUCCACGGCCAGCGCGAUCGCAUCAUGAAUACCCAGGCCCGCUUCGAUGAGAGCGAGGGAUACCUUGAUAGAAGCGUCAAGACGCUGAGGGGGAUGGCUCGUAGGUAA